AGCAGGUCUACAGUAUUACCCUCUUGCCAGUAUUUCGUACCUAAUCACAAUGUUUUGGGGAUUCUGUGAAGCCCUUAAUUUCGUACAGGAAUAUAAGAAAAUCAUACCCGCCGAAGGACUGCUACCGGAAAGUCUGAACAUUUUACUCUUUGGGAGUGGUGAUCCGCGACAUAUUCUGGCGAUCGCAUCUCAGCUUUUCCUUCAGCCGGAGCUAAAAGUGAACGUGUAUAUCGCGGAAGGAUGCAUUGAAUUGCUUGCACGCCAUAUGGUGCUGCUAGCAAUCGCUUUCGAAGAUCCUCAGUUGCUGUCCGUGAGAGGAAAAACGCAUCUUUUUAUGGACAUCUAUGGAAACACUCUCAUCCGCCCGUUCAGUAGCGCGUACUUGAGCAGCAAAGCGAAGGAAUUAACAAACGUUAUUACGGACCAAGAGUACGCACAACGACAAGCGCCGAUCUUCAAUUACGAGGCUUUGCGGUAUAAGGAGCGCGAUCAGCUGGAGAAUGUGUUUCGCUUCUGGACAAACGCUCCCGAGCAUGUGUUCAAUAUCGCACGCUACUGGGAAGACAGGCUGCGUGUGCAGCUAGGUGUUCGAUACGACCAUCGUAACGGUGCGUUUGAUUGGGAUUUGCAGAUGCGACUGCGAGAAAACGGAGCCAAACAGAUCUGUCCCCAAGAGUACAAGCAUUGGCGCGAAACAGGAAUUGCCUUCACAUUCCCCGAGUACGAACAGAGCGAUCCGAACAAAACGUUCACGGUGGGAUUGGUGCGCAAUGGAAAAGGGUUUCUUCACCGAGGAUCCGUGGGGGACAAUAUGACCGGUCCCUACGUUGGCUUUGGUCAUGAAUGUGCUGAGGAAAAGCUUACCCGUUCCAAACAUGGAGUAAAUGAUUUCCGCUCGACCGAUAUUACGGAAAGGAAUGUGCUACAAAUAAUGUACGAAAUACAGGAACGCCAGCCAUAUUGUUUCGAUCCGAAGGACAUUCACCAGUAUGGAUCACAUCAGCUGGAUACGGGAAAAAACCUUAACAAGCAUGAUGCCCGCACAGAACCGCUAGAAACCGUGCACUUCAAUAAACCUCUUUUACGGUGCGAAAAUUUAACUGUUCACUUCCUCUCCGUUGAGGACGUGUUGCGGAUACACGAGCUGGAUCGAUUUGCGGCGAAAUUUGACGUGGUAUUUGUGGCUAGCAAUUACUUUGAUUUGUUGAAGGACGGUUUCAACAAGACUUGGAAGAGUGACUGUCUGCUGUGCUUUGAAACACGUCAGCUAACCGUCUUCAGCAAGGAAGAGAUAAAAGAGCAUACCGCAAAGAUUAAAGCUUAUGCGCAAAAAGAGUCCCUUGCAGCGGCAACAAACUUUUCAAUCAACAAAACACAUUCCGUACUUUUUUACAAGCAAAUCUCCAAUAAAUGA